AUAAAGCCGCGCCAGUCGCUCCGGCGACGUCGAGUCGAGAGUCAAGUUCUGAUGUUGUGUUAUUGUGGGAACAAAGAAACGUGCUAAACAAUUUACGUUUAGAAUUCGAAUCGUUCUCGUAUUUGCUACAUAUAUACAUAUACCCACCCACUUGCAAUCACGCUCGUUUAUUUCUAUACUAUAAAUGGAUACAACUCCACUGUUUCAUGUACAUGCUGUGUGAACGUCUUGUAUCUCUGUGUAUAUGUAUAUGAAAGGAAACCAAUCACACACAAUGGGGAGUUAGUUCUCUUGGCUGUGUGUUAAAAAUGAAAUGGGGCAUUGGGUGAAAGUACUCUUGGUACUCGGAGGUCUUAUAUCAGAUCAGUCUGCCAGGAGCUGUUCAGGAUGUGGUUCGUGUUAUAUUUACGAAGAGCUCCUGAUGUGAGCCAUUCGGAAUAAUAUUUUUCUCGCUCACUUCAUUUUAUAUAUAUAUAGAAAUAAAAAAAACAAACACCACGUGUUCAUUUUUUAAAAAAAACAAAAAAUGCAGUUGACAAGGACAUGGGGUCUAUUGUUUGUGGGAAUUUUAACUUUGGCAUGUUUCGUGAAUGCCCUGGAUAAUGGAUUGGCACGAACACCACCAAUGGGGUGGCUAGCUUGGGAAAGGUUUCGCUGCAAUACCGACUGUAAAAAUGAUCCUGACAAUUGUAUCAGUGAUCGACUAUUUAGAACAAUGGCAGAUAUUGUCGUAUCGGAGGGAUACGCCGAUGCUGGAUAUGAAUAUAUUAAUGUAGAUGAUUGUUGGUUGGAAAAGGAUAGAGAUUCAACUGGUCAAUUAGUACCUGACAGACAAAGAUUUCCAUAUGGAAUGAAGAGUCUGGCAAAUUAUGUACAUUCGAAAGGAUUGAAAUUCGGAAUUUAUGAGGAUUAUGGAAAUUACACGUGUGCAGGAUAUCCGGGAGUUCUCGGUUACUUGGAGACUGACGCUGCAACAUUCGCAUCCUGGGAUGUUGAUUACGUUAAAUUAGAUGGAUGUUAUGCUCAUCCUAGUGAAAUGGAUCGAGGAUACCCGGAAUUUGGAUUUCAUUUGAAUCGAACCGGACGGCCAAUGAUUUAUUCCUGCAGUUGGCCUGUUUAUCAAAUUUACGCUGGCAUGCAGCCAGAUUUCAAGGCGAUAAUACGACACUGCAAUUUGUGGAGGAAUUUCGAUGAUAUUCAAGAUUCAUGGAAUAGUCUCGAAACAAUUAUUGAUUACUACGGCAAUAAUCAGGAUGCAAUUGUACCAAAUGCUGGACCCGGUCAUUGGAACGAUCCCGAUAUGUUAAUUAUCGGUAAUUUUGGUUUAAGUUACGAGCAAAGUAAAACGCAAAUGGCACUUUGGGCAAUACUUGCAGCGCCACUUUUAAUGUCCGUUGAUUUACGAACAAUUAGGCCCGAAUAUAAGGCAAUUUUGCAGAAUAAAAAAAUUAUUGCCGUCGAUCAGGAUCCACUUGGAAUACAGGGACGAAGAAUUUACAAGCAUAAAGGCAUUGAAAUUUGGGCGAGACCAAUAACGCCAAUUGAUCAAUCUUAUUAUUCAUAUGCAAUUGCAUUUUUGAAUAGAAGAACUGACGGAACUCCGUCUGAUGUUUCGGUGACGUUAAAGGAACUCGGUUUGCAAUAUCCUGGUGGCUAUCGAGUCGAGGACUUGUACGAGGAUGUCGAUUACGGAAUUCUCACGCCAUUGACAAAAAUCAAAGUCAAAGUAAAUCCAUCGGGAGUUGUAAUUUUAAGAUGUGAUUUGCAAGUCGAUGAUUUGUAUCUUGCUGAUCAAUAUACGCCGUACGUGCCUCUAAAUCAAGUCUUCAAGGAAAGAAACAGUUUCAAAUAACUUGCCAGUUAGAUUUUUAGUUUCAUUUCGUGUUUUUUUUUAUAAUUUAAUUGUUUUUUCUACCCGAGAAAAAGAAACUUUAUAUAGCAAAAAAAAGAAAGAAUCUUUCUUUCAAAAGAAAAUGUUACCAUAAUUUUUUUAUAUAAGAAAAACGUAGAGUACAAUAUUACUUUGUAUGAUGUAUCUUUACGUAUGUACAUAUGUGAUACAUAUUAUUUACGAAGUUAUGAAAUUAAAAUUUAAAAAAAAAUACAAGAA